AUGGUGUUCUUGCUACGGGAGAAGGGCCUUCGAGGGGCAGGUGGCUGGUGUCAUGGCAAUGCAAUCGAUGACUCCUGGCUUUCCAGAAAAGUGGCUUUUAGAGGAACGAGGACCACCUUCAGCUGGGAGCGGCCUCUGGCCAGGCCAUGGAUCCCAGCUGAUGUGGAGCAGCUGGGCUUCCUGGAGACUGAGCUUGAGGCAGAUCUGGAGGAAAGGAAAAUGGCAGGGAUUCGGAGGCCAGGGGACUGUGUGACAGCAUGGAGCAGAGUGGUUGCCAGUGGAGAGCGUGAGCUCCCCCUGGCGGUGGUGGACAGACGUGUCCUGAAGCUACAGACCACGUCCUUCAAGGGACGCCUUGGAGGUCUCGGGGAGGGACGGAAGCGCCCUCAUCUGUGGAACAAAAGAGAAUCCUCCUGGAAGCUAGGAAAAAAUAUCCUCGGACCAGAUGGGCUACCGACACAACUUUCCAACAUAAUCGAAGCCUACUUCCCCUUGAACCGACCCAACUGGGACCCCAACACCUUUAAAGGUAGGGAGCAUCUGUCCACUUAUCGCCGGGCUCUAAUAGUGGGUCUCCGAGCAUCCGCUAGACAGCCAACUAAUUUGGCCAAAGUAAGAGAGAAUAUUCAAGGACCUAAUGAAUCUCCCUCUAUGUUUCUGGAGAGAAUUAUGGAGGCAUAUAGGAGAUAUACUCCUUUUGAUUCUCAGGCAGAGGAUCAAAAGGCAUCUGUUAUGAUGGCCUUUAUUGGGCAAGCUGCCCUGGAUAUUAAAAGAAAGUUACAACGCUUAGAUGGAUUACAAGAUAUGACUUUGAGAGAUUUAGUCAGAGAAGCCGAGAAGGUAUACUAUAAGAGAGAAACUGAGGAAGAGAAGGAACAAAGGAGGGAGAAAGAAAGGGAGCAAAGGGAGAAAGAAAGGGAGCAAAGGGAGGAUGAAAGAAGCAAAAGACAGACUAAGGCAUUGACUAAGGUCCUGGUCACAACAACAAAUAGGCCAGAAAUUAAGAGACAGGGAGACAGAAAGGGAUACUUGGGCCCUCGUCAGAAGCCACCUCUGGCCUCAGAUCAAUUUGCCUACUGUAGAGAAAAAGGACACUGGGCCAAAGAGUGCCCUAGAAAGAAACAGCCACGCCAGCCAGCCAUUCUAACUCUGGAGGAUAACUAGGAAAGUCGGAGCUUGGAUCCCCUCCCCGAGCUCAGGGUAACUUUUGAAGUGGAGGGGACCCCAGUAAACUUUGAAGUGGAUACAGGGGCAGUAUACUCAGCCCAAGGCCCAUUGGGCCCUCUAUCAACUAAAAGGUCUCUAGUUCAAGGGGCUAAAGGCAGUAAAUAUCGGGCUUGGACAACUAAGAGGACCAUGGACCUGGGGAAAGGAAAAGUCCAUCACUCCUUCCUAGUGAUCCCAAAAUGCCCAGCCCCAUUGAUGGGCAGAGAUCUGCUCACCAAACUCUGGGUCAGAAUAACUUUUAACCCUGAAUGCCCCCAAAUAAAAUUUCUAAAUCCUUCAGUUAAAAAUCCUAUAGUCAUGGCUUUAACUAUGUCAGUAGAAGAUAAACAUCAACUCUUCACACCCCCCAAGACUAAUCAAACAGGCAAGCUAUCCCAGAAAUGGAUAACAGAUUACCCAGAUGCCUGAGCAGAAACUGCUAAGUUAGGCCUAGCCAUAAAACAACCUCCAAUAACAGUGGAGUUAAAAACCUCAGCCUCCCCAAUUAAUAUUAAACAAUAUCCUCUGAGCAAAGAAGCCCUGUCAAUCGGCCUGGAACAUUCCCCUGCUACCAGUAAAAAAGCCAGGAACCGGGGACUAUCACCCCGUUCAAGACCUAAGAGAGAUCAACAACAGAGUGCAGGACAUUCACCCCACAGUACCUAAUCUGUACAAUCUGCUUAGCACCCUGAACCCUGAGCGAAAAUGGUAUACUGUUCUGGACUUAAAAGAUGCUUUCUUUUGCUUGCCUCUACAUAAAGAUAUUCAGUUGCUGUUUGCUUUCGAAUAGGUAAACCCAGAAACCGGAACGUCUGAUCAACUAACUUGGACCAGACUCCCACAGGGGUUCAAAAACUCCCCCACUCUCUUUGAUAAAGCCCUCCACAGAGAUCUCAACAACUUCAGAACUAUGCACCCCAAAGUCACCCUGCUUCAAUAUGUGGAUAACCUGCUACUGGCA